CUCAAAUCAUAAACCUUGAAACCAAAGAGACGCAACACUAGAAAUCACCUCGGCCAUUAACCUCCCUGCCUCACAUGGAUCCGAACCCUAGUCAUAACAUGACGACGAGUAGUCUCGACUCCCGGUCGCACUGCAUGGAGAUAACGGCGAUGGAGGUACACAGGGUGGCGGCGCCGCCUGCGAGGACGAUGGCCCAGAAGCUGGGGUCGAGGCUGAAGGAGACGUUCUUCCCCGACGACCCGCUCCGGCAGUUCAAGGGGCAGCCAGCCAGGACGAGGUGGAUCCUCGCCGCCCAGUACGUGUUCCCGAUCCUCCAGUGGGGCCCCAACUACAGCCUCAAUCUCUUCAAGUCCGACGUGGUCUCCGGCCUCACCAUCGCCAGCUUGGCCAUCCCUCAGGGAAUAAGCUAUGCGAAGCUGGCGAGCUUACCACCCAUUGUGGGUCUCUAUUCAAGCUUCGUACCUCCUCUGGUGUACGCGGUGCUGGGGAGCUCGAGGGAUCUGGCGGUGGGGCCGGUGUCGAUAGCGUCGCUGAUCAUGGGGUCGAUGCUGAGGCAAGAGGUGUCGCCCGCCAAGCAGCCGCUCUUGUUCCUCCAGCUCGCCUUCUCUUCCACCUUCUUCGCUGGCCUCUUCCAAGCUUCUCUGGGACUGCUAAGGCUGGGAUUCAUCAUCGACUUCCUGUCGAAGGCGACCCUGAUCGGGUUCAUGGCCGGGGCUGCAAUCAUAGUGUCGCUGCAACAGCUGAAGAGCCUGCUGGGGAUCGUGAACUUCACGAAGCAGAUGGGUCUGGUCCCUGUUUUGACCUCUGUCUUCCGCCGCACCAACGAGUGGUCGUGGCAAACGGUACUGAUGGGGGUGUGCUUCCUGGUGCUGCUUCUGGUGGCUCGACACGUCAGCAUGAGAAGGCCGAAGCUGUUCUGGGUGUCGGCAGGCGCUCCGCUCGUGUCCGUCAUCCUCUCCACCCUCCUCGUGUUAGCCUUCAAGGCUCAACGCCACAGCAUCAGCGUGAUUGGGAAGUUACAAGAAGGCCUCAACCCUCCUUCCUGGAACAUGUUGCACUUCCAUGGCAGCCAUCUGGUUCUUGUCAUCAAGACUGGACUCAUCACUGGCAUCAUCUCCCUCACUGAAGGAAUUGCGGUAGGGAGGACAUUUGCUACUCUGAAGAACUACCAAGUGGAUGGAAACAAGGAGAUGAUUGCCAUCGGCCUCAUGAACAUCGUCGGUUCCUCUACUUCAUGCUACGUCACUACAGGUGCUUUCUCGCGGUCGGCCGUGAAUCACAAUGCCGGAGCGAAGACAGCAGUGUCAAACGUAGUGAUGUCUGUGACUGUGAUGGUUACUCUUCUUUUCCUCAUGCCUCUGUUCCAAUACACUCCCAACGUCGUGCUGGGCGCAAUCAUCGUCACCGCGGUGAUAGGCCUCAUCGACAUUCCUGCUGCUUAUGCCAUAUGGAAGAUCGACAAAUUCGACUUUGUCGUGAUGCUGUGCGCUUUCCUGGGCGUCGUAUUCAUCUCCGUCCAAGUUGGUCUCGCCAUUGCAGUUGGUAUUUCCAUAUUCAAGAUCCUCCUGCAAAUCACAAGGCCGAAGACGGUUAUAUUGGGAAAUAUCCCCGGAACGGAUAUCUAUCGGAAUCUUCAUCACUACAAGGAAACCAUGAGAGUCCCCGGUUUCCUCAUUUUGAGCAUUGAAGCUCCAAUUAACUUUGCUAACACAACUUACCUGAAUGAAAGGAUCUUAAGAUGGAUAGAAGAUCACGAAACGGAAGAAGAUGCGAAGAAGCAGUCGAGCCUUCGGUUUGUGAUUCUGGACUUGUCAGCUGUGAGUGCCAUAGACACAAGCGGAGUAUCGCUCUUAAAGGAUCUGAGAAAAGCCAUGGAUAAGAAGGGCAUCGAGCUUGUGUUGGCGAAUCCUCUCGGAGAGGUGAUGGAGAAAUUGCAGAGAGCAGAUGAAGGGGAGGGCCUGCUAAGGCCAGAUAACCUCUUCUUGACGGUCGGAGAGGCGGUGUCGUCUCUUUCUUCCUCCAUCAAGGUUCAAUCCACAAGCCAUAUCUGAUCUGUGACUUCUUUUUUGGAUGUUUGCUCCGCUGCUCCUCCAUUACAGUAUAGUAGCCCUUCCUUGAAAACAGGAAAUUAAUGAGGAAGAAAAAAGUUAAAAAGUCAGAUUAAUGUUGA